AGGUUUAAUGAGUUACAACCCAUUAACACGAUCUAUAAUAUAUAUGAGAAGGGGUUAGGGUUAGAGCUCUCCACCACAAAUGCAAACCCUGGCCGUCGUCUUCCUCAUACCAGCCGUGAGUCCCUCGCUGCGCACGCGGUGCUAGUACACAUGUGCACGACGUUCGUCCCCGUACGUGUGGACUAUGUGGAAGCGCAGCUGCGACUGUUGCGCUGACACACUGCGGAGGAGGAGACGAUCGUGAUCGGCUAUUUCCUCUUCAUCGACGCGUGCAUAUGUUGUAUCGUGGCUCUAACUCGUUUUCUACUACGCUGUGUGUAUAAGCUGUAAUGAUUCAUGAUCUUUUAAUUGCAAGUUUGGUGCUUGACACCGCGUUCCUGUUCCUACCAUCUACCAACACCUGCACCGCAGAACCAAACCUAGCUGCGCUUCCUCCAGAUCUCGGCGCUCUGGCCCCAUGGCCACCCUCGUUACUAGCUCCAGUCUCUCCGCUCACCGCCCUUGCGCCCUCUAGCUCCGGAUCGCCCGCGCACACGAGGCCAUGGAGCCCGCAGCCGAGGACGUUGCAGCCGCCGCGCCGGACUCGUGGGAAUCGGCCGACAUCGACGGGCCCAUAAGCCGGCUUAUCCUCUCCGCGCGCCGCGUGUCCUCCUCGCCGGACCUCGCUGACAACCCGGACCCGCCCCAGCCGCCGCCUGCGCUGCAGCCGCAGGGCCCGCCUUCGGUUCCCUCGGCUGCGCGCGAGGAUUUGAUGGCUCAGGUCGAUCAGUUCCUACGAGAGGCUCUAGAGAAGCCGAGGGAGAGGCUUUCUGUGCUAAGAAUGGAGCAAGAAAUUUUGAAGUUCAUUGGUGACCCUAGGUUUACAGAGUAUGAAUUCAAUGGUCUUCCAACUUCAUAUUUGCGUCUCGCUGCACAUCGCCUGGCGCAGCAUUACUUCCUGCAGUCCAUUGCCAUACCAGACAACAGUUUGCCUGAUGGAACUGGUUCGCAUAUCAUCCUUCGUAAGACAUCAUCUGAGUGCCAACUGCCUGAUGUCUGCCUUGCAGAUAUUCCAGUUAACCUACCACAAGAAGAAAACAUCUCUGUGGCGAAAGUAGCUAUUAAGCAGAGGCCUCAAAAGAAUCUCCAUGGCAUGAACAGCUCAAGUGCUCACUCCUUUAGAGACAAUCACCAGAAAAGCGUUGAAGAAAGAAAAGAGGAAUACAACAAAGCACGAGCGCGUAUAUUUAACAACGGCGUCAGUAAUGCUACUGAUGGGAGAUCAGCUGAGGAAGUGACUUCACUCACUACUCUUCACAGGUCCACUUCCUUGGAGUUGAACUCAAACAAUAGAAUGGGCCAAGGGGCUGAAAUUACUCUUGAGAGGACCUUGACUACCACUUCAGCUAGCAGCAUGUCAAAUAGAAGCAAGAGUGAUAAGGAGCCUGCAGUCAAUAGAAACAGACAGAACAAUAGGGUUGCAAUUUUCAGAGACCGUGAGUCAGAGCGCAGGGAUCCUGAUUAUGACAGAAGCUAUGACAGGUAUAUGCAAAGAUUUGAUCCUGGAUUUGGAUUUAGUGGAGGGUCAUACACAAUUCGACCUCUGUAUGCCCCUGCUGUUAACUACAACACUGAAUUCCCUCAGCUUGGUUCAGCACACCAAUCACCUGUUGCUGUCGAACAGCAACCUCGUCCAAUAGCUCAGCACAUGCCUGUGACAUGGUCUGCGGCUCAAGCAACCAAUGCAAUUGGCUAUGGGCCAGAUGGUGUCAUGGGGCCUUACAGCCCUGGCCAUAUUCGUGCACCUGUGAGAUCAUCUGUUUUCAUGCAUGCUUCACAGCAAUAUGCCAUACCUUCACGCCCUGGAGUUCCAUUUGUACAUCCACAGGAAUCCAUGGGACCAUUUGCACAAACUCACCAACAACAAUCUAAUGCUAGUUUGCGCUUUGCUCGGCCCUGGUGAGGGGCGCCGUGCAUGCCUGCACCUGCCAGUGUGCAAUGAACACAUUACCCUUCGUUUUGCUGGCAGAUGGUAGCAGGCAUUAAAGAACCCAGAGGUGUAAGGCAGAGUCAGCCAUCCAUUUGAUAUUGUCAGCCUGUACACACUCUCGGUGUAGUUGCUCCCUGGUCCCUGCAUACUGAGAUGCAGGAGGGACACUUCAUACUCUGUACUCUAAACAGAAGCAACUCGAGGUUUAUUGGGCAACCCCUCUUCCAAUCCACAAGAAGCUGGGAGGUGAAGCUUGGGCUGUGGGGCCACCUGCAUGCCCCUUUCAACUUCCUUCUGUUGCUUGCUCCUCACAGGUUGAGAUGCUGAAGGAGCACAUCUUGCCCUAUUUGAAUGGGCUCUGUUGUCGAAGGACUGAUGACGAUGAUGAAAAAUUGGGAUUCGCAGUGAGUGGGCGAUCAGGGAGGAGAGCAAAGAUUGGGGUGGUCCAGUAUGUGAACAGGCGACAGGGAUGUGGGUUAGUGCAGUUCUCACGUUUCUUUUUUGCUUAAUACUUGGUCCUCUUGGCACUUAUUGAUGAAGAUGAACCAUAUGCAGCCCCAUUGUGCAUAGGAUGGUUGCCGGGUUGAACUGAGGAGGCAUGAAGAGGACGUUGUUUCUUGCUUUGCCUAGUGCGGGCCCGGCACCAUUGUUGAUCAGGUUUAGAAGCAGAGGCAUCUCUGUUGACACAAUUGAUGGUCAGGUUUACAAGCAGACUCAUCUGGUAGUCAGUGUUGUGUUGUAAAUUAAUGAGUGUUAUUGAAUUACCGAACCUAUUUCUUGUACCAUGCAUGACAAGCAACGACACUAGUUAUGAUCAUGACGAAUCAUGUAACAGACCUGUUUACUGCAGUGCAGUGUUUAAUGUUAGACCGGGUUAUUUGCUUGUGUUUGGUAGUUGUUUAA